AUGCCCCUAGGUGCUUCCGGGACCGAGAUUGUCGGGGUUAUCGUGGGAGCUGUCAUCCUGUUCACGCUGGUCAGCGCUGCUCCGGUCAUCAUCGCACGGCUCCGUCGACGGCGCAAUGCUAGACAACAACAGCAUCAGCCAGAAAUGCAGUCCAAUGGCACCUAUCCAUCCUUCAGAAGCCCCGACAACGGCCCCAUGCCAAUGCAGCAAGUCUUCGUGGAGCGCUGGCUAGAACAACAGUACGCUCCGAGCUCAACUGAGCCGUACUCUCACGACAUAUGUGCGAUUUGUCUAUCAUCGCUCGGAUUUUGUUCAUCUCGAGAUUCACUUCCGACGCCUCCUGAGGCCGCCUGGAUUCCUGCAUCUCAUUCUUAUGCGGGUUAUGAUAGUCGCGAUGAUCGUCGCUCUGUUUCUCCGCGGAUGCUUGAGGAGUGUCACUCGUCCACGACAAACAGUGAGAUUCGUGUUUUGAAUCGCUGCGGUCAUGCUUUCCAUGCGGCGUGUCUUGCGUCGUCGUUUCAGUACGGCCGGUACCGGUGUCCAAUAUGCCAAGCGGCGUAUUUUCCGGACUAG